AUGGCAAGCUCCCACGAAGAUGAGGAAUGGGACAAGAGCACGUCCGAGAUCCAGUCUGAAGACUCGGAUGACCUGCACGAGAGCCGCCCCAACCGCUGGAAAGGCCCCCCGCAGAGCUGGCGCAGCAUUACAGAGGAGGACCGUCUCACUUACAACGCCCUUGGGAAGGUGAGGAACCAGGACCUGUCGCUGCACCUGUACAACGCCUACAAACUCAGGGAGAGGGCUGCUGCAGCUGCUGCAGGUGGAGAAUCUGGCCAAGAAGAGGACGUUGAUGCAGAGACGGGCGAACCUGUCCGCAACGAGCCAUGGGCGCCACCUAAGACCUGGACUGCCUGGCCCCUGCCCACGCACCUUCUGCCACCGGAUGACUUCAUGUCCAAGACGGAGGACGAGGACGAGGUCUUCACCAUCCGGCGUCCGGAAGACCAGAGGCCCAGCGCCAGGCUCGAGGAGAUCAUCUCGGCGACCACACUGAGAUUUGCUAAAGAACGCCUCCGCCAACGGGGCUUUACCGAAUCAUCCCAUGAAGACGACGACGGCACUGUCAAGGCGGAGCUUCUGUCAUCUGAGGCCGAGUCUCAGCCGGGUGAAUCAGCGGACGACAGCCAGGACGAGGAAGCGGUGGACGGUGGUGAGCAACCAGAGGGCCGGCGGCAGGGAAAGCAGAACGUUCCUGCAAAGACUUUCAGGCCUGUUGUUUCCACGGAUGACGACCUUUCAUACGACCUCAUACGCCCUUCCACACGGAGGAUCCUCGACAACCUUGACAACACACUGACUGUUCUGCACAACGCCCGCAUGACAAGUGCUCAAACCCUCGAAGAAUCCGAAGAGCCAUCCUCGGAAAGCGACAAUGAAUCACGGCAGUCAUCCCAGCCUGUGAGCUCCCCCGAGCGCUCCCCCAGCAAAAGCCCCAGGAUGCCAGCAGGAGACGGAUCGCCGACAAAGAAAUCCAACCGCGGCCGGCCGCGCAAGUACGUGCAGAUGGAGGGCGAGAGCGAGAGGGACUUUGAGAUCAGGCGGGCGAGAGCCCUCAAGGGGAAAGUGAGGCUGCCACCCACAGAAGCAGGAGGCGGGAGCCAGAGCGGAUCGCCGCGCAAGCGUGCCUCACCCCAAAAGAGACAGCGCGACGACACGGCCGAGGAUCACGACAGGGACUACUUGGUGCAGAAGAAGCUCGACCGCCUCAGGCCGCGGGACUGGAGCGACGUCCUGGGCGCCGCAGCGCUGGCGGGGUUCCCGCCGGAUGUCGUCGCGCGGGCGACGCAGAGGUGCGCCAACCUCUUCGGUCAGGGCAUGGACAUGCACAGGAUCGACGGGAAUGCAGCACCGUCUGGUGCCAGUGGGCUGAAGACAACGACGUAUCGGCCUGGAGGAGAGGUACCUCCGGGGGACUCCGAGGCCGAGGAUGGAAUCGGGGGUCUUGAUCACCGCCGCCAGGCACCAUCUAGGAGCCGAGAUACCAGCGCGGGAGAUACCAGCGCGGCACCUAGCAGGACGCGUUCGCCGACAUCUGACGACGAGGAUAGCGGUGAAGGGGAGGUUUCGCCCAAGAAGGAGCAGCCUCGGAAGCCGGCCAAAUCUAAAGGCAAGAAGGGGCAGCACUUCUGCCCGUUCCCAGACUGCGAGAGAGCCACGGUUGGUUUCGACAGGCCCUUCAAUCUAAAGAGGCACAUGAAUCUUGUCCACGGCGAAGACACUCCUCCGGAUGCUUCCGAAGAGGCCGAAGCAGCUCCAGCGGACGACAUGCUCGAUGGUAUCCACCGUGACGGGUUUCUUCAGCCUAUACGGGUACAAAAGGGCUGGAGGGCUGAGGAUACGAAGAAGAGGGCGGCGAGGAAUCCCUAGACAACGCGGUCAAGGGACUCGAGUCUGCAAUUGGAAGGGGCCAACACCAGUAGAGCCGGAGAAAUGCUACGCUUCCCACGAUAGCUUCAGUGAAUGGAGGCGAGUCGCGUCGUCAACUGUUAGUCCCAAUUACUCAGGAACAGUGG